UGGCGGAGGAGGACUGCGUUAAACAACAUGGACGAAGAAGAAGACSUCGGGGAAAGUGAAUUUGAAAAAUGGCUUCAAAAAACCUGCGACUCUUUUACUCGAUUAACAGAUUUACAGAAGAAUAUGGCUAUUGAACAGUUGAUAAAACAUUGUGGUCCAGAGCAGCUUCGUUUGUUGUCUACAAAGCUCGAAAUUCUUGUAAAAAGAGAUUUUUUGAAGAACCUUCCUUUAGAGUUGUGUUACCAUAUUCUGAAGUGGAUCGACCCUUCUUCAUUAUGUCGUUGUUGUCUUGUUAGUAAAAAAUGGAACAAAGUUAUAUCUAGCUGCCACCAAGUAUGGCAAAAAGCGUGUAGGCGUCUUGGUAUGACGAUGAGUGAGAAUGACAUCUCUAAUGAAAGAUGGAAAAGACUGUAUUUAAAAGCAAAAAGGAGAAUUCACAGUUUAAAGAAUGACAAGGCUUUUGAGACAGUACUAUUGCAUGGACAUACUGCUCGCGUAUUUGCGUUGUGUUACAAAAAGGAUAUGCUUGCUACAGGUUCAGAUGACAGGUCAGUUCGUCUAUGGGAUCUUCUAACAGGCCAUUGUCAGCAUGUUCUUCUUACACAUACCUGUGCAGACAUUGGUUUUGAUACUGAAAAAGUMAUUACUGCUUCAUUUGAUAAUACUAUUGGAAUGUGGGCAUGGUCAACAGGGCAACGGUUGCAGUGUUACCAAGGUCAUACUGGUGCAGUUUUCUGUGUAGAUUUUUCUGAUGAGCUGGAUAUUAUUGUCAGUGGUUCAGCUGACACUACAGUCAAAGUCUGGACUAUGUCAACAGGUGCAUGCCAGAUGACAAAAUAUGGACACACUGAUUGGGUUACAAAGAUAAUUUUAUAUAAGUCAAAGGUUAACUCCAAAAGUCACAGAAUAGGAGAUUAUGUUUUACUGAGUAUGGACAAAACAACCAUCAAGGUUUGGUCACUGAGGAAAGAAGUAACUGYUCCUUUUGUGACUCUACCAACAAAUGAUGACACCGUACACCUUCAACCCAGACUGCAGUUUGAUGGAUGCACAAUUGCUUGUGCAUCUGAUACUGGUGUCUACACGUGGGACUUUGAAACUCUAGCAUUACACAGAUCGUUUGUUUCAUCACCUUGUAAAUGGUUGGUUUCUCGCGGCCGAGUUUUUAGUCUUCUUGUUGAUUCAAACACAUUAUAUCUAAUGAACACGCCAAGUGAACAGUGCAUUGCAUCGCGGGAACUGCCGCCAUUUCGGAGGUCCGCCCGCGGGUCCAAUUUCACACCUUGUGAGACACUAUGGCUAGAAAGCUUCUGUGCAGAUAUCAAAAACGACGUUUUCUUUGCUACGAGUAUGCCAGACUAUAGUAUUCUAGUAAUGAAGCUUAUCGAUGUCACGUGAUGUCAUACAAGAGAAAUCGUGAGUGUAGAGGAAGGCAGGCCGAUAUCAUAUGAGAUGUCUCACUAGUGAAUUAUUCAAAUUUUUAAGUAAAAUGUAAAAGUGACAAUCUGCAAUACAAUUUAACUCCAAAUUAAACUCGCUUGAGUAAACAACAGCAAAGUAAUGAAUGCAUUGCUUUGUAAUUCGAAUACCUCAUUUCUUUCRAAUCUGCUUUGGUUGAUUUUGCUUUUUAUUUUGACAUUUUUAAUUCAAUUUCCUUGUAGAUCUCUUUAUUAUUGAAUGACAGGUGUAAUUCACUGUGCUGACAAUCGAUAUUCUAUUAUAUGAUUAUUCUGUUAUGCAAAUUCCCUUGCUGAGUUAUCCUGGCUUUAUAUGGUUUCUCUUUGUACAGAACAAAUCUGUGAAUCUAUUUUUACACAUACUAUUCAAACAAAAAACAUUUUAGUUAGCUUUGGAAUUGGUAAUCAAAACUUCGAAAUAUUAUCUUUCCAAUGGAUUUAAAGAUUAUUUGAAGUUUGGCAGAUUAAAUAAAUGAGAACUCGAUGAAA